CGAUCUUUUAUUUAGAUUUUUUGAAUCUACGCAUUUUACAUCACAUCUUUGUGUAGCAUAUCUUGCCAGGUAUGCGGAUAAUAUAGGUAUUCAUCACUAUCUGUGCUCUAAAAUGAAGGAGUUUUCAGCGGAUGAAAUUGAGUUUUUUUUGCCUCAAUUAUGCCAUCUUGCAGUGAACCUAAAUACGGAAUCGGUAGCUCUGGAGGUGUUUAUAUUGGAUCAAUGUAGAAGUUCGUCUCAUAUUGCGUUAAUGGUUUUUUGGUUAUUUCAGGGGCAUUUUAUGGAUCUUAUUAGGACGCCGGAAUAUGUUUCAUUUAGAACGUGCAAAAGAUUGUUUAAUAAGAUCCAACAUAUUAUUUUUGAUGAAAGAGAAAUACAUGAUUUGGAUGAUUUUAAGGUUAGGGAGAAUAUAUUUCCUUCAGUUUUAUUGUCUAGUGUUAUUAUUGGGAGUGUUUCUGCGCCUUUUUUAUCAAAAGCGGUUGGUCCGAUUGCUAUCGCUCAAGCUAGACAAUAUCGUCCUCAAUCGAGAGAGACAGAUAAAGGAAUAUUUCAGCAUACAUUAUUUUCUGAUUUUUUUAAUACACCAAGGGAGAAUUUAUCGGAGACAUUAUCAAAUAAUGUGUCUAUGGUUCAAUUGGAUCGAAAUUUAUCUGAAGAUAAGCAAAAUAUGUAUGAAAAUUCGCAAUUUUCGGGUACAACCUCGCAAGAAACAUUAUUAAUGUCUAUGUGUAAUGAGCAAUUUCAUUUAAAAGAUGAAAUUAAUUGUUCUUCUGAUUAUUUUUCACCUUGUUUUGAUCCAUAUCUUGUUGAAGACUUAAAUUCUAAAAAGUCUUUAUUGUCGGAUUUUUGUGUUCAAAAUUUUGAUUCAUUGUCAAGUAUUUCACCGAGAAAACAAAGUCUAUUACUUCAAACGCAGUAUUUUAGGUACGAAACUGCAUUUCUUCAAGCAUUACAUGAUAUUUCUUCUCGUUUAAUUCUUGUACCUCAGCUUGCACGUUUGAGCGCAUUACGAGCUGAAUUAGCGUUAUUAAAUACUUAUCUUCCUGCUGAUAUAUGUAUACCAUCUCUUUGUACUGCAACGGCCAGUUAUCCUGUUCAUCAUCGAAUCGUUAGGAUUGAUUCAGCAGAAGCUGUUGUUCUAAAUAGUGCAAAAAGAGUUCCUUAUCUUCUUAUAAUAGAAAUUUUGGAAAAUGACUUAUCUUUUGAUCCUGAGAAAGCGGAGAAUAAAGAAAAAAUUACCAAGAUAUUAUCAAAUACAGAAAAAAACAAGCGGCUUUUUGAUCUCCUUCAUGAUCCCAAUUUGUCACAUAACUUUGAUGCCGAAUUGCAUAAAGCUAAUCAAAAAACAGAUAUAGAAUCUGAUCUUGGAGAUAUCAAUGUAUUAUCUAUCUAUAAUUAUGCAGAUGACAUACUGUAUAAAAAAGCAGAUUUUAAUGGCUAUUCAGAUGUUUUGUUACCUCAAUUUUCUAAGUUGAAACAUAUAAAUCAUAGCUUGGAUGCUCGUCUUAAAUUUCUUCAAGAUCAAACAGAAACAAAUAUCUAUUUUAAAGAAAACAAUUCUUUAUCUCCUUUUAUUGAUGAGAAUUCUAUCAUAGCUACUUAUAUGAGAGCAGCUGCGACAAUGUUAGCUCAAUUGGAUUCUGAUAGCAAUAAACGUCCUAAAGCAGAAACAUCUGCUAUUAAGAGUAAAAUAAUCAAAGAGAUGCAAAAUCUUGAAGAAAAACGUAUAAAUAUGAAUAAUUCUGAUAAUUUCGUGGAUAUUCGCAUGAAUAAUAUAGGAUAUGAUGGAAUUGAAGAUAACAAUAGAAAUUCUACAAUGAAAAUAUUUGAAGAAAAAUGGAGUGCAAAGGUAGAACGUAUACGGAAAUCAUCUCCAUAUAGUCAUUUACCUAAUUGGAAUAUAAUUAGUGUAAUUGUAAAGACUGGUUCAGAUUUAAGACAAGAAGCCUUUGCGUGUCAACUCAUAUACGCUUGUCAGAAAAUUUGGGAUGAAUAUAAUAUUCCUGUAUGGGUUAAACGAAUGAGAAUACUCAUAACUGGAAAUGACUCUGGUUUAAUAGAAACUAUAAUUAAUUCUACAAGUAUUCAUUCUAUAAAAAAAAAAAUAACUCAAUCUUUCUCUGAAAGCUCAAAAGGCAAGGUUUUAUCAUUAAAAGAUUAUUUUCUAAAGAUCUAUGGUGAUACACAUUCGGUACAAUAUAAAGCUGCACAAGAUUGUUUUAUGCGUUCUUUAGCAGCUUAUAGUUUGAUUUGCUAUAUUUUUCAACUCAAAGAUAGACACAAUGGAAAUAUUCUUUUAGAUACAGAAGGUCAUUUAAUUCAUAUUGAUUUUGGCUUCAUGUUAACAAAUACCCCCGGAAACGUUGGCUUUGAAAACGCUCCUUUUAAACUUACUACUGAUUAUAUAAAUAUUUUGGACGACAGGUUUGAUGAUUGGAAAGAUUUAAUGAAACAGGCCUUUAAAGCACUAAGAAAAAAAGCAGAAGAUCUUAUAUUACUUGUUAAAAUGAUGCAGAACGAAUCAAAACUUCCUUGCUUCGGUUCCGGUGAAUUAACUUCCAUACAAUUUCAACAACGCUUUCAGCUUCAUCUAUCCGAAUCUGAAAUAGAUGAUUUCAUGGAUUCUUUAAUCACAAAAGCAAAUUCUUCUGUAUGGACUAGACUUUAUGAUCAAUAUCAACAAUUGACUCAGGGCAUCUAUUGACACAUAUAAAUCUAUUCUUUCUACAACUUUUCUACAACUUUUUU